AUGCCUUCCGCAAUCUUCCCUGAUCACCACCCAGACCUUGGCCUUAUACAGGCCAAGCAAUCUGCUCUGGCGAAGUUGGCCAUGAGCUCCAACAAGGAUUCGCGCGCCCCUUCGUCAUCGCCUCCCUUCCACUCGAACAAAUCGACCGCAGCGGCAAACUCGAACUACUACAGCGAGCCCCAGGCACUACCCGUAUCGCACCCUCACGAUGGUCUCCUUCCGCCUCCCGCUAUGGCUCAUGCCAUUAGAUCUAUGAACGACUUGAGUGGCCCGAUCGCCCUCCGCGAUCGCUCCUUGAUCGCCAACUCCGAUACCCCUCCUGCCAUGCGAAGCGUUGUUUCGACCGCUCCCAAUUCUCCCAGAAUCCCACCCGUCCGACAAAACUCUGGAGGUACAACUCCGCGCCUUCGCCCUCACCCCGCCACACUCAACGUGCCCGGCAUGACUGUCUCGAGAGCCUCGCCCGAUGGCAAAAUCAGCGACCGCGAUGUUGCUGCGAAGCUGGUCAUCGUCAUGGUCGGACUUCCCGCGCGCGGAAAGUCGUACAUCACCAAGAAAGUCCAGCGCUACCUGUCGUGGCAGCAGUACGACUCGCGCAUUUUCAAUGUCGGAAACCGCAGACGCGUGGCUGCCGGAUUUAGCUCGCCGAUGAAGCCUGCACACUCGCCCGCUGCCGCUAGAUUCGACUCGCCGGCCCAUGCUGCCUCGAUCUUGCUUAACGGGCAUGUGCCUCGCGGCAAUAAGGAGCCUGCCGAGCUGAACCUCAACGAUGAGAGCGACGGCAUUGACCAGUCCGCCAAGUUCUUCGACCCAACCAACGAGACUGCGGCCGCGCUCCGGGAGCAGGUGGCCCUGGACACUUUGGACGAGCUCCUGGACUACCUUCUGCACCAGGGCGGUUCAGUUGGAAUCAUCGAUGCGACAAACAGCACCAUUCAUCGCCGUCAGCUUUUGGUCGACCGAAUCAAGGAGCGCGAGCCCAAGCUUGGAAUUCUCUUCAUUGAGAGUAUCUGCCAUGAUCAGAACCUCCUCGAGGCCAACAUGCGUCUCAAGCUUUCCGGCCCCGAUUACAAGGACAAGGACCCGCACCAGUCUCUUGCCGACUUCAAGAGACGUGUCGCCGCGUACGAGAGCGCUUACGUACCCAUCGGAGAGUACGAGGAGGCGCACGACAUGCAGUAUAUUCAGAUGAUCGAUGUUGGCCGCAAGUUGGUCCAGCACAGACUGCGGGGCUUCCUGAGCGGUGGGAUCAGCUCCUACCUGACGACAUUCAACCUGGCGCCGCGGCAGAUAUGGUUGACCCGGCAUGGACAGAGUGUUGACAACCGCAGCGGAAGACUUGGGGGAGAUUCUGAUCUCACCCCCGACGGAGAGCUCUAUGGACAUGCUCUCCACCAAUUCGUCACCCAGAAGCGCAAGGAGUGGCUCAUUGAGCAGAAGGACAAGAUAGCGCAAUCGUCCUUCCCGCCCAAGGCCGGCGACCACACCCCGCCGUACCCCGAGCUCAACCGCGAACUGGAGGAGAAGAAUUUCUGCGUUUGGACCUCGAUGCUCAAGCGCAGUGUGCAGACGGCACAGGAAUUCGACAAUGACGACGAUUACGAUGUGAAGAAUUGGGCGAUGCUGAACGAGCUCAAUGCAGGCCUGUUUGAGGGCAUGACGUAUGAGGAGAUCGCCAGAAGAUUCCCUGGCGAGUAUAGAAAGCGCGCCGAGGACAAACUUCACUACACUUACCCGGGCGUCGGUGGGGAGGGAUAUCUCCAGGUUAUUGCCCGCCUGCGCGACAUGGUGCGCGAGAUUGAGCGCAUCGAGGACCACGUCCUCAUUGUUGGACACCGCUCGGUUUGCCGUGUUCUCAUGGCCUACUUUAUGGAUCUCACCCGCGACGAGAUCGCCGACUUGGAUGUUCCCUUGGGUAUGCUCUACUCCAUUGAGCCCAAGCCUUACGGCUACGACUUCCAUGCGUAUCGCUACCAUGCGGACAAGGGAACUUUCUUUGAGGUCCCCAACUACCGCCCGCAGCGCACCGUUAACCGCGACGCUUGA